CCGUUAUUCUUUUCCCUGCUUGCACAGGUUUUGCGGUGGCGUAACUAUAUACUUUUUACCAAGCAACCAUACUUUACCAAACGAAAUAAAUACACGCGACGAGGAGGACAAAACUCCGACACAAAUAUCGCCAUCGUAAUCAACAUCGUCACAAUGAUCCCUACACCACCUGCGAACGUCCUGAAAACAAUGUGACUCCUCGCUCGCCUCCCAUUUUGCCCCCUCCUGCCGGACGCCCCCGCUGUCCUCAUCGCACAAAUGUCUUCCUCGAUAACCUCACCGUCUUUUCGACGGCUGCUCCUCUGCCUGGCCGUCACCCUCACCAUCACUGCCCCACCGGUCACCUCAAAGAAAUUCGACUUCAGCAAAAUCCGCAAGACGUCCAAAAUUCAAGUGUUCUACGAGUCUCUCUGCCCGUACAGCAUCGCUUUCAUCACCGAGCAGCUAUGGCCCGCCUUCCUCCGGCUGGGAUAUCUCAUGGACGUCCAACUGGUGCCCUUCGGCAACGCCUUCGAGGAAGAAGUUCCGGAGGGGAAAGACCACCGUCGAGGACUCUUCAGUCGCCGCAAGGUAACCUACAACUGCCAGCAUGGCCCCGAGGAAUGUUACGGGAACGUCGUCCAGUCUUGCGCUUCCAAGAUCUACAACGACACGGUGAUGCUCCUGGCGUUUGUGACGUGUAUGUCUUCGGCGAGCGAACCGCAAAAGGCCGGCGAAGAGUGCGCGAACGCCAUCGCGAAUAAUUGGGACGAAAUCGAACGGUGCGCCACCUCCAAGUGGGGCUUGAAACUGCAGGGGGAAAUGGGGCGUAAGACGUGGAACUUGGAUCCGCCUCACGGAUACGUGCCCUGGAUCCUGGUGAACAACGAACACACGGACGAUCUGCAGGGAAUGGCGCAGUCGGAUCUGCUGCAGCUGGUGUGCGAUUCGGUUAACGGUCCGAAACCGCCGCCCUGCCUGCAGGACCCGGAAAAGAGGGAGGCCAUCAACAGGUUGUCCGAGAAGAUAGAGGCGCACAGAGAUCCCUUAGGGGUAGGGGAAGAUAAUAAGGAGAGGAGGAGUUACAGAGUGAGAUACGAGAAAGGGAGAGGACUGUAAAUGGUCAAUAAACGGAAAUAUGAUUGACGGA